CUUGAGCAGAGAUGGGGGCUGGGACACAGGAAGCGAAGAUAGAUGAAGUUAAACCAGGAACUAGGAGCACACAGCAGUCCUAAAGCUGUCACUAGCAACAGGUGCCAGAGCAAAAAGCAGCACAUUUGCCAGCAGGAGCUGGUGAGCCUUUUAAGAUGUGGAGAGCAGUCGUGGGACAUGACAUGUCAGUGAAGGUUGAGGCUCAGGGAGACGACUGGGACACUGACCCCGAUUUUGUGAACGACAUCUCCGAGAAGGAGCAGCGCUGGGGAGCCAAAACCAUCGAGGGCUCCGGACGUGCCGAGCACAUCGACAUCCACCAGCUGAGGAACAAGGUGUCGGAGGAACAUGAGGUCAUCAAGAAGAAGGAGCUGGAGACGGGCCCCAAGGCCUCCUAUGGCUAUGGGGGCAAGUUUGGAACAGAGCGGGACCGAAUGGAUAAGUGCGCAGUGGGCCACGAGUAUGUUGCUGAUGUUGGGAAGCACUCCUCGCAGACGGAUGCAGCCCAGGGCUUUGGGGGCAAGUAUGGAGUCCAGCGGGACCGAGCUGACAAGUCAGCACUGGGCUUUGAAUACAAGGGUGAGGUGGAGAAACACUCAUCCCAGAAAGAUUACUCCAAAGGCUUUGGUGGCCGUUACGGUGUGGAGAGGGACAAGGUGGACAAAGCAGCAGUGGGAUUUGACUACAAAAGCCAGGCAGAGAAGCAUGACUCUCAGAAAGACUAUUCUGUGGGCUUCGGUGGGAAGUUUGGGGUCCAGAGUGAUCGUCAGGACAAGAGCGCUCACGGCUGGGACCAUCAGGAGGAAGUGCAACCCCAUGCAUCUCAGACAGACUAUGCCAAGGGGUUUGGAGGCCGUUAUGGGAUCCAGAAGGACAGAGUAGAUAAGAGUGCCGCUGGCUUUAACGAGAUGACAGCUCCCACCUCCUCGUACGAGAAAACAAGAUCUCUGGAGGCAGGAGCUUCCAGUGGCACCAGCAGCCUGCGGUCACGAUUUGAAAACAUGGCCAAGUCAGCAGAGGAGGAGAGCAGAAGGCAGGCAGAGGAAGAGAGGAUGAGGCGGCAGGCUCGGGAGUACCAGGUGGCUCGGCGGAAGCAGGAAAUCCCACAGAGAGACAAGGACCACACAGAGGCAGCCCCUGCCACCAAGCCAACAAGGGUGCUCAAGAGUGCUGACCGAGACAGGGCUGUGUCACAAGCAGAACAGCAGGAGGCAAAAAGGGAGGAUGAGGAAACACCACCCACUUUGCCACCGAGGCCAGCAGACCUGGGUGAAGAACUCUGCAAGAUCCCCAGCCAGGAUCAGCCCAUCUACAGUGAAAGUCUGGAUGCUGGUGAAGACUAUGAGGAGCUGCCAGAGCCCUCUGACUACUGUGACAGUACCAGUGGAGGUGCUGACUAUGAGGAGCUGCCAGCACCCUUGGGAAAGCUGGAUGCCAUCUAUGACCAGGGAGGAGAUGGAGGUGAGGACUAUGAGGAGAUUCUUCCUGAGGAGCCCAGCCAGAGCCAGCCCCACCUAGGGGAAACGGACAAUGUUUAUGAGGUCGAGGUGCCUGGGACCUGUGCAGUGGCUCUCUACGAUUACCAGGGAGAUGGAGAUGAUGAGAUUUCUUUUGACCCUGAUGACACAAUCACACACAUUGAGAUGGUAGACGAAGGCUGGUGGCGGGGGCAGUGUCAUGGCAAAGUAGGCCUCUUUCCAGCAAAUUACGUGAAGCUUCUUCAGUGAAACCAGAAUUGUUCAAGCUGCUUCCUUCCAAACUUUUGCCUCUCUCUGCUUCAGCUUUUUACAUGUUAUUAGCUUAAUUUGGCUUGGCAUGUCUACAUGCAAGAAAUACCAAGGAACAAACUGGCAGUGUCUGAAAGAAUGUUUUGGCCUGUGCAGAAGAGGACUUUGGCCUGGGACGAAGAGUUCCCAUCCAUGUCCAGAUGGGAAAGGUGGGAUUGUUUAAGAGCAUGUGAGUACGAUACAAGACGUCUUUUCUACCUAGGCUGUCCCGCAUGUCAACCAUCAAGUUUGCAGGAGAAGUGUGUCCAUUCCAGUUCCCAACAGGGCAAUUCACAGAAAAGAAACACCAGCUCUGAUCAGGUCAAGGCAGAAGGGACAUGACCUGUGGGACCUGCUUAAGCUGCUGUGGCCCUGGAUGUCAUCCUACCCAGGGAUCGAGGAAAAGAGCACUGUGAAGGCCAAACUUGCCUUUGUUCCCAGGAAGGGUUUCCACCUGCAGGAUGGAUGAACUGUGUUUGCAGCGUGGGGUAGAGAAACACAAACCUGGUCUAUCAGGGCUGGGCACUGGGAACAUUUGACCACCACAGUGAACGCUGCUGACUUUCCCUGGACGCAGACACGAGCUUGGCUGAAGUGAGCUGUUCCAUUAAACCAGAGAAGUGUGAGCUGGCUCAAUGAAAAUGUAGGAUGAUCCUGCUAAGAUAGGAGAUUACUCGCUUGUUUUUCCUCUGUGUGCCCAGAAUGCUGUUGGGAGAUGUGUUGUUUCUGGGGUAAACCUUGAAAAAGUAAGUGUAAAAAUUAGAUUACUUUCUGAGAAAAAUGGUUCUGGAAAAUCUUUCUUGGAGCAAGAGAAAAAUACUACAAGGCUUCACUUUUAGUGUGAAAAGUGUGUUAAUAACCAUCUUGUUCUUCAUCCAGACAGUGCAUCAGAGGAAUGUUCUGCUAGGGAAAUCCUUUCAAUCUAUCAAACAAAUCAGAAUAAGUGCUGCUUGAUACAGGCAGUAGAAUAUUUUUAAGAGAGCUCCAUUUUUCCUGUUAACUGCUCUGACAGUAUAAAUAAGCAUACACAUGCAGGUGGGGUGGGAAGAGCAGUCCCACAGCUCACCUCUAGCCUAAGGGCUCGUGCACUUUGCAGUCAGUGCCAAAGGUAGGUUCCCCCAUCCAGUAUUUGGCUCAGCCUCUGCUCUCUGCCGGUGGGUGGUUUGAGCCCAGUGCUGAAGUCAGACCUCGCCAGCAUGGUAGUAAAAUAGUUAAUGCCUCAUAGGCCUUUGUAAGACUCACAAAUUAAAUAUUUGCAGGUAAUGGUCUCACCAGUUUAAUUAACAAAGGAGUGAAUUAUUUGUUAAAGGGUAUGCUGGCUAGAUCCUCUUUAUCUGAAGAAUGAAUGCUAUUGUUAUUUCCAAUAUCCUGCUUAUCUGACACAGUUUGGUGAAGAAUGAGUUGCAUAACCUGAAGGUAUACAAGCUGUGUAACUGCCCCAUUUGGGCAGAGCUCGCGUCAGCAGUGUCUGUCACUGCUGCGCUGUGCUCUCCCUCAUAGCUGUAGUAAUAAACUCCUUCUGUUCUGGCCUGACUAAAA